AUGGCUGCAAGUGCGAAGACCAAGCCAGUGCGCUCUGGGGUUUGCAACGUGCCUCUCAGUCCCACGACUCCAAUACGAAGCCAGGAGUCGAGAUACUCGAACGCCUCGUCCACCUUUAUCCCUGCCGCUGAUGCUCAGUUCGGCUUUGAAGCGUACUACGGUUCGCCUAUGCCUACACCUCAACGCACCGAGACCGUCGAGCCACAAGAGCAACGCCAUGUCCACAUAAAUGACCUCGACAGGGCUUUGAUACAGUUGUUCAAUCCAUCUGAUCUACCUACCGUCGCGUGGCAAUCGUCGCUGCUGGAUAACUUUCUGACAUAUGCUCUGCCUCUGAUGCCUAUCAUUGAGCUUCGAUGGUUAAAGCCAACAACUGUGUAUACGCCUCCUACAAUCCUUACCAAGGCGGUGGUACUAGCCGGAGCUCGAGUCACUAAUGCACGGCCUCCGUUCUCCUGUGAAGAGUAUUACUCCGCUGUGAAAGCAAUGAUACUUUUUGGCAAAGAACAAAACCCCAUCAUCAGCAUUGUUGUUGCCUGCAUUCUGGGGUGGUAUAACCAAGCAAGUGUUUAUGAUGUGACAGUCGAUUCGAGCAGUGCAUGGCUUCGCUUCGCUUCAGGCAUUGCCUAUCAGAUUGGGCUGCACAAAGAGUCGGGCAGUCAUAUUAAUGCCGCUUACCGACGCAAAUUGUGGUGGACUUUGGUUCCAAUUUCUGUCCAAGACUUCGCAGCUGGCGAUGCUAACGCGGAGUUUUUCACAGUCCAUGUAAGACUUUGCCUCAUCCUAGCCGACCUGUGCGAGUUGUAUCGACGACAAGAGAUGACUACUGAGAGGAACGAUGCAAUUAGAGAUCGCUUGCUCUGGUGGCUGAGAUCUCUUCCCCGUGGAAAGCAAACAUGUAACCUGACAACGGCGGCGACACCUUCGGACAAUUUCAUGUGGAGGCAAUUGCUCGUCAUCUACUUUGCGGUAGUGACUAUCCUUUACAGAGCCGACUGGCCGGGCCAAAGGAUACGUUCUCAGUCGGUCAUUGCGUCGUCGUUCCUGGCAAAUCUUCUGGAAUGUUUCCUGGCUCGCGACGAGGUACAGCGAUUACCCACCAUGUUUUGCUUCUACGCUAUGUGUGCUGCCAUUCCCCUGAUUGUUGCUACUAAAAUCCGCAAGCUGAAGACUGGGGCGGAAAGAGACCUUGCGAUCAUUCAACAAGCCUUGGAAGAACUAGCUGCAAGGUGGCCGUCUUCAAGCGGUGCACUCAAGCAUUUCCAAGUACUCAGACACUCCAAAAUUGAUACUACCGGGUCUCCAAACUCGCUCAUGAUUGUCAGGCCCGAAGAUCUUCUACUUUUCGAGCCAUUCGAUUCAUCAGCCUGCAGGAGCUGGUCAUUAGUGACAAAUAAUGUCGGGGAAGAAGAAAUUGUCCACGGCGUUGAACUAGAGAAGGAAAGCCAAGAGACUUCAAGCCAAAACAUGUCUCGCUCAGCUGGUAUGCAAUAUGGACUUGAUGAGACAGUAGCCCUCCACUUUCCAGGUUCACCUUCAGGGCCGCAACAACUGACUCCGGAUAGCCCCUCGGAUCCCCUCUCUCUGGGUGCUUGCCCCAAUUAUGCUGACCCUGUGGGAGAGUGGUUGCUCUUUGAUGAUCUCAGUUGGGCUAGUUAG